UUGAAGCAAUACGACUUUUCGUGUGCUGGAAUAACCAAGAUUGGUUUUCAAAAACUUGGCGAUAGGAAAGCAAUGUGGAAAUGUAGUACUUGUAAAAAUACUAGCUCUGGAAGUCCAGCUCCUGGUCGUUCCAAUUUUUGCACUCCAAGUGAUCUCGACGGUAUUCGUGGUGAGUUACGUGGACUCUCUGAACAAAUGUCAUCAUUGCCCAAGUUACUAGAUUCGGUAAAAAAUAUUCAGGCUGAGUUGGCUGAUCUUAAAACUAUUAAAUGUGAGUUGUCGGUUGUGAAAGAUUCGCUGGACUACGUUCACGCUUCGAUUGACAUGCUUAUAGCUAGGAUAGCCGAGGUAGAUCGUGAAAUUCAAACACUUCAGAAGACCAAGGAAGAUGUAACUCGCCUAGAACAUCGGUUGCAAAAAUUGGAAGCUGUCUUCAAUGAUGGGGGCAGCGGUCACGAUUGA